UUCAGCAGAAGACACCACUUUGGUGAAGCUGGUGGGACGCAUCCGCAAUGGUUUCCCCGGUGCUCGCCUUGUUCUCCGCCUUCCUCUGCCAUGUUGCUAUUGCAGGACGGAUCUGUCCGAAGCCGGAUGACCUACCAUUUGCUACGGUUGUCCCCUUAAAGACAUCCUACGACCCUGGGGAGCAGAUUGUCUACUCCUGCAAGCCAGGCUACGUGUCCAGGGGAGGGAUGAGACGGUUUACCUGUCCUCUCACAGGAAUGUGGCCCAUCAACACCCUGAGAUGUGUCCCCAGAGUAUGUCCUUUCGCUGGAAUCUUAGAAAAUGGAAUUGUACGCUACACGAGUUUUGAAUAUCCCAAGAACAUCAGUUUUGCUUGUAACCCUGGGUUUUUUCUGAAUGGGACCAGCUCAUCUAAGUGCACGGAGGAAGGAAAAUGGAGCCCAGAUAUUCCUGCUUGUGCUCGCAUCACCUGCCCGCCACCACCAGUUCCAAAGUUUGCACUCCUUAAGGAUUAUAGGCCUUCAGCUGGGAACAACUCUUUGUAUCAGGACACAGUGGUCUUUAAAUGCUUGCCACACUUUGCCAUGAUCGGAAAUGACACAGUCAUGUGCACAGAACAAGGAAACUGGACCCGAUUGCCAGAAUGCCUGGAAGUAAAAUGUCCCUUCCCUCCGAGGCCAGAAAAUGGGUAUGUGAAUUAUCCUGCAAAGCCGGUGCUUCUAUAUAAGGAUAAAGCCACAUUUGGUUGCCAUGAGACAUACAAGCUGGACGGCCCAGAAGAAGCGGAAUGUACCAAGACGGGAACUUGGUCCUUCUUGCCGACCUGUAGAGAGUCUUGCAAACUCCCCGUUAAGAAAGCCACCGUGCUGUACCAAGGGAUGAGGGUGAAGAUCCAGGAACAGUUUAAGAAUGGGAUGAUGCAUGGCGACAAAAUUCACUUCUACUGCAAAAACAAAGAGAAGAAGUGCAGCUACACUGUGGAGGCUCAUUGCAGAGAUGGCACUAUCGAGAUUCCCUCGUGCUUCAAGGAGCACAGUUCUCUGGCUUUCUGGAAAACGGAUGCAUCAGAACUGACACCGUGCUGAAGUCGUUUCCAGAAUCAAAAUUGAAUGUCGUAUUUGUAUUUCUGCUUGUCUUAGGAAUCCAUCUGAAAUAGCAGAAUAAAGUUACUGGAUUGCCUCAGUUA